CUAGGCCACUUCCCCGGGGUCUGGCGUGACAGGACAGGAUGGCGGAGGAGGGAGCCGUGGCCGUCUGCGUGCGGGUCCGCCCGCUCAACAGCAGAGAAGAAGCUCUUGGAGAAACUACCCAAGUUUAUUGGAAAACUGGCAAUAAUGCUGUUUAUCAAGUGGAUGGGAGUAAAUCUUUUAAUUUUGAUCGUGUCUUUGAUAGUAAUGAAACCACUAAAGAUGUUUACGAAGAAAUAGCAGUGCCCAUCAUAGAUUCUGCCAUACAAGGCUAUAAUGGUACUGUAUUUGCCUAUGGGCAGACUGCUUCGGGAAAAACAUUCACUAUGAUGGGUUCAGGAGAUUAUUUGGGAGUAAUACCCAGGGCAAUUCAUGACAUUUUCCAUAAAAUUGAGAAGUUUCCUGAUAGGGAAUUUCUCUUGCGUGUGUCUUACAUGGAAAUAUAUAAUGAAACUAUUACAGACUUACUUUGUGACACUCGAAAAAUGAAGCCUUUAAUAAUUCGGGAAGACUUCAAUAGGAAUGUGUAUGUAUCUGACCUCACAGAAGAAGUUGUUUCUACAUCAGAAAUGGCUUUGAAGUGGAUCAGAAAGGGAGAAAAGAAUAGACAUUAUGGAAUUACAAAAAUGAAUCAAAGAAGCAGUCGCUCUCAUACCAUUUUUAGGAUGAUUUUGGAAAGUAGAGAGAAAGGUGAACCUUCUAAUUGUGAAGGAUCUGUCAAGGUGUCCCACUUGAAUUUGGUUGAUCUUGCAGGCAGUGAAAGAGCUGCUCAAACAGGUGCUGAAGGUGUGAGACUUAAGGAAGGCUGCAAUAUAAAUCGAAGUUUAUUUAUUUUGGGACAAGUGAUCAAGAAACUUAGUGAUGGACAAGUUGGGGGUUUCAUAAAUUUUCGAGAUAGCAAAUUAACCCGAUUUCUCCAAAAUUCCUUGGGGGGAAAUGCCAAAACCCGUUUUUUCUGCAAAAUUCCUCCAGUUUUUUUUGAUGAAACUUUUAGUACUCUCCAGUUUGCCAGUACUGCUAAAUAUAUGAAGAAUACUCCUUAUGUAAAUGAAGUAUCAAGUGAUGAAGCGCUCCUGAAAAGAUAUAGAAAAGAAAUAAUGGAUCUUAAAAAACAGUUAGAGGAGGUUUCUACAGAGACUCGGGCCCAGGCAAUGGAAAAAGACCAAUUGGCCCAACUUUUGGAAGAAAAAGAUCUGCUUCAAAAAGUGCAGAUUGAGAAAAUUCAAAACUUAACACGAAUGCUGGUGACUUCUUCUUCCCUCACAUCACAACAGGAAUUAAAGGCAAAAAUAAAACGAAGAGUCACUUGGUGCCCUGGCAAAAUUAACAAAAUGAAGGACUUAAACUAUGUGAAUGAGUUUAAUAUGCCAAUGAAUACAACAAAAAGACAAAGGAGUGAUGUAACUUCAAUAGGAGAAAUUGAUGAAUCUGUCUGUUCAGAGGCUGAUGUUUUCAGUAACACCCUUGAUACAGUAAUGGAUAUAGAGUGGAAUCCAGCAACAAAGCUACUAAGUCAGGAAAACUUAGAAAGUGAGUUGAAUUCACUUCGUGCUGAUUAUGAUAAUCUGGUAUUGGACUAUGAAAAACUAAGAAAAGAAAAUGAAGAAAUGGAAUUGAAAUUAAAAGAAAAGAAUGAUUUGGAUGAAUUUGAGGCUCUAGAAAGAAAAGCAGAAAAAGAUCAAGAGAUGCAACUAAUUCAUGAAAUUUCGAACUUAAAGAAUUUAGUUAAGCAUGCAGAAGUAUAUAAUCAAGACCUUGAGAAUGAACUAAGUUCAAAAGUAGAUCUGCUUAGAGAAAAAGAAGACCAGAUUAAAAAGUUACAGAAAUACAUAGACUCUCAGAAUUCAGAAAGUGUGAAAAUGGACUUGUCAUACUCACCGGAAGACAGUGACGAUCUAAAACAAAAGAAACAAACUCUGCUUGAUGCUGAAAUUAUAGCCCUUGAUGCCAAGAGAGAAUCAGCCUUUCUUAGGAGUGAAAAUCUGGAGCUGAAAGAGAAAAUGAAAGAACUUGAAAGUAUGUGCAAGCAAAUGGAAAGUGAUAAUCAGUUACAUCAAAGCCGGUUGGAGGCAAAAAAGAAAAUACAAGUUGAUCUGGAGAAAGAAUUACAAUAUUCUUUUAAUGAAAUAACAAAACUCAACUCCCUUUUAGAUGGCAAAGUUCCAAAAGAUUUGCUCUGUAAUUUGGAAUUGGAAAGAAAGAUUACAGAUCUCCAGAAAGAACUGAAGAAAGAAGUUGAAGUAAAUGAAACUUUGCAUGAAAAAGUUAAUUUGCUCUCAGAAUUGAAAUCUUUACCUUCAGAAGUAGAAAUGCUAAGGAAAGAGGUAAAUGAUAAGUCUGAAGAGCUAUAUCUAAUAACAUCAGAGAAAGACAAAUUGUGUUCUGAAGUAGUUCAUAAGGAGAGUAGAAUUCAAGAUUUACUUGAAGAAAUUAAGAAAACUAAAGAUGACCUUGCAAUCACCCAGUUGAAUUAUAAAAACAUGGAUCAAGAAUUCCAAGAUUUUAAAAAUUAUCAUAUUGAAUUUGAACAGAAGUAUGACAUGGUCCUUGAAGAGAAUACAAGAAUAAAUCAGGAAAUAGAAAAUCUCUCUAAAGAAUCUCAAAAACUUGGUUUAACUUUGGAUGACUUAAAGACAGAGCUUUCUCAGAAAACCCAAGAACUUCAGCAAAGUCAAGAAAGGUUCAUUGAAGUGGAACAGCUGAAGGAACAAUUACAAAGUAAAGAUUCCAGGCUGCAAACUAUAGAAAGGGAGAAAAUACUGACUACUGAGAAGCUUCACCAAACCUUAGAAGAAGUAAGGAUCUUAACCCAAGAAAAGGAUGACUUAAAACAACUCCAAGAGAGCCUGCAAGUUGAGAGAGACCAGCUGAAAAGUGACAUUGAGGAUACUGUAAACAUGAACAUAGACACCCAAGAACAAUUACGAAAUGCUCUUGAAUCUUUGAAACAACACCAAGAAACUAUCAAUACGCUAAAAAUGAAAAUUUCCGAGGAAAGCUCCAAGAAUUUGCCUGUAGAGAAAACCAUAAAAGAAACUAAGGAUGAAUUUCAGGAAGAGAUCCAAGAGGCUCAAGACAUACCAGAACAGUCCUUUAAUAUGCAGGAAAAAGACAAUGAGAUUAAGAAAAUAAUCAGUGAAAUGGAGCAACUGAAGGAGCAACUCAAAGCUAAAGAGUCAGCACUGCUAAGAUUAGAAAAGGAAAAACUCAAGUUGUCGGAGAGACUUCAAGAAAGUCAUCAGGAAAUGAAAUCGAUAGCGACGGAGAGAGAUGACCUACAGAGGCUGCAGGAAGCUCUUCAGGCUCAAAGUGACCAACUCAAAGAAAACAUGAGAGAACUCACAGCUAAGCACCUAGAAACUGAAGAGGAACUUAAAGUUGCUCAUUGUCGCCUGGAAGAACAGGAGGAAACUAUUGAUAAGCUGAGAGUGAAUCUUUCAGAGAGAGAAACUGAACUAUCAAGCUUUCAAAAGGAAUUAGAAACAAGCAAUGAUGAAUUACAGAAAAAGAUGCAAGAGCUUCAUGAAAAACAGGAACAAUUUAUUUGCGUCAAAGAAAUCAGUGAGACUCAGGAAAAAAUGAGUGAACUGGAACAAUUAAGGGAGCAACUCAAAGCCAAAGAUUCAUCACUAGAAAGCACGGAAAGGGAGAGGCUCAAGUUAACUGAGAGACUUCAGAAAAGUGAAGAAGAAAUAAACAUUAUAAUUAAAGAAAGAGAUGAACUGAAAGGUGUGCAAGAGGCCCUUCAAAUGGAGAGAGACCAACUCAAAGAAAACAUUAAAGAACUUGUAGCUGAAAGACAGAAAAUCAAAGAGGAACUACAAACUACUUACAUUCUUCUAAAGGAGUACCAAGAAACUAUUAGUUCAAGGAAUAUUUCAAAGACGACAGAUCAAGGAGCAAAUAUCCAGAGAGAUUUAGAAAAUUCAGAUGCUGAAUUAUGGGGAAAGAUUCAAGAAUUUCCGGAAAAAGAACAUCAGCUUCUUGAGAUGAAAGCUGUAAAUGAGACUGAGGAGACAAUGUGUGAAAUAGAAUACUUGAAGAAGCAAUUUGAAACCCAAAAGUCAACUGUGGAAAACCUAGAAAUAGAGAACAUAAGGUUAACUCAGAGACUCCAGGACAACCUUGAAGAAAUGAGAUCUGUUACAAAAGAAAGAGAUGACCUUAGGAGUAUGGAGGAGACUCUCAAAGUAGAGAGAGACCAGCUCAAGGAAAACGACCUGGAAAGACAAGAGGAACUAAGAAUUGCCCACAAACAUCUGAAGGAGCAUGAGGAAAUUAUUGAUGAACUCCGAAGGAUUGUCUCUGAGAAAACAAAUGAAAUAUCAAAUAUGCAAAUGGAUUUAGAAAACAAAAAUAGUGCCUUAAAAGCACAGAUCCAAGAAGUUCAGGAGAAAGAACAUCAUCUUCUUGAGGUAAAAAAUGAUCUCAAGGAAACUAUGUAUCAAACAGAGCAAUUAAAGAAGCAAUUGGAGGCCCAGAAUUCAAUCUUGGAAAAUACAGAAACAGAGAAAUUAAGGUUGACUCAGAAACUUCAUGAAAACCUUGAAGAAAUAAAAUGUGUUACUCAGGAAAGAGAUAGCCUAAGGAGAAUGGAGGGAACCCUCAAAAUGGAGCGAGACCAGCUCAGAGAAAGCCUCAGAGAAGCAGAAGCUAAAAUCCAAGAACUUAGGGCAAAUGAACAUCAACUCUUGAAGUUAAAAGAAGACUUCAGUGAGACACAGAAGAAAAUGUCUGAAAUGGAGCAAUUAAAGAAACAGUUCGAAACCCAAAGUUUAACUCUGGAUAAAAUAGAAAUGGAGAACUUAAAUUUGGCUCAGAAGCUUCAUGAAAACCUUGAAGAAAUGAAAUCUGUAAUGAAAGAAAGAGAUCAUCUAAGGAGAGUAGAAGAGACUCUCAAACUGGAAAGAGACCAACUCAAGGCAAAUCUACAAGAAACCAUAGUUAGAGAUCUGGAAACACAAAAGGAACUAAAAAUUGCUCGUAUUCAUUUGAAAGAGCACCAAGAAACAAUUGAUAAAUUCAGAGAAAGUGUUUCAGAGAAAACAACUCAGAUCUCAAAUAUUCAAAAGGAUUUUAAUAAAUCAAAAGAUGAUUUACAGAUAAAGCAGGACCAACAGAACCACAAAGAAGUAGUAAAACAUGAAAAAAAGUUACUGUGUGAUGAAAAAGAGCACCCUACAGAAAGCCUGAGAGAAAAGUGCUUUAGGAUAAAAGAGCUUCUGAAGAGAUACUCAGAGAUGGAUAACCAUUAUGAAUUCUUACAUAGAUUGUCUCUUGACUUGGAGAAGGAGAUUGAAACCCAAAAACAGCUUUCAGUUAAAAUAAAAGCAAACCUCUCACUUCCAUAUCAACAAACCAAAGAGAUUCAAAAACUUCUCACUGUAAACCAAAGGUGUUCCAUGGAAUUCCACAGAGUCAUGAAGAAUCUAAAGUAUGCGUUAAGCAAUGUUAUAAUGAUAAAGAAAGAACAGCACGAAUCCAUCAAUAAAUUUGAAAUGGUUUUCAUUGAUGAAGUGGAAAAACAAAAUGAGCUGCUAAGUCAACUUGAGCACCUUCCCCAAGGUUAUGAUGUAUCAUCCAGAGAAUUAAGGGACCUCAAAUGGAGCCAGAAGGUGGAUCUACAUAUUCAGGAAAUUCUCAAAGAUUUUUCAGAAAGUGACUCCCACAUCAUAAAGACUGAAUUUCAACAAGUACUCAGUAAUAGGAAAGAGAUAACCCACUUUUUGGGAGAGUGGUUGAAUACUCAUUUUGAUAUAGAAAAGCUUAAAAGUGGAAUCCAGAAAGAAAACGAUAGGAUUUUUCAAGUGAAUAAGUUCUAUAAUAACAGAAUAAUUAAAAUUAAAGAGCUGGAAGCUUCACUGCAUGAAGCUAAAGAAAGUGCUAUGCAUAAGGAAGGCAAGAUUAUAAACAUGCAGAAAGAACUUCAGAUGACUUAUGAUGUAAUAUCAAAACUUCAAGCACAAGUUAAUGAAUCAAAUAAAUGCCUUGAGAAAACAAAAGAAAUGACCCAAGAACUUCAGGACAAAGUUGCUUUAGGAGCCAAACCCUAUAAAGAAGAAAUUGAAGAUCUCAAAAUGAAGCUGGUGAAAACAGAUCUAGAGAAUAUGAAAAUUGUCAAGGAGCUUGAAAAGGAUCAUGGGGAAAGGCUUCAGCAGGAUUAUGGUAGCAAAAUUGGUGGAUGGAGAACAGCGGGAAGAAUUCUAGAGAUAUUUAGAAUUCAUGAUGGACAGGCAUUGGAAGUCAGAAAGAAGAAGGAAUUCAAGGAUGAUUUCCGGGGAGAUGUUGUACUAGAAGUUAAUGAUUCUAAACCUUCCAAUAAACCCCUCACAUGUGGGGGUGGCAGUGGCAUUGUACAAAGCACAAAAGCUCUUAUUUUGAAAAGUGAAAAUGUAAGACUAAAAAAGGAAAUUUCUAAAUUGAAGCAGCAAAAUGAACAGCUAAUACACCAAAAGAAUGAACCAUUAAGCUGGCAGACACUUCGUAACCACAUGAUCACAGUCAACACUGGCAGUAAUGGAGCCGAGCAUGUGCCUACAGAUUUGCUGCAUGGGAAGAAGUCAGCAUCGCUGACAUUCCUGCCCACAUGGCAUAAUUUGAAGCUACACGAAGAAACUUCAGACAGACCUAAGUGGAAAGUCUACAAAUAA